GGAGCCCAUCAGGGCCGCGCUGAAGAGCGAGCGAGCGAGCGAGCAGGGAGCGCAGGCGGCAGCGCAAGCCGCCAGCCCGCCGGCCUCGGUCUCCUGCCAACUUUGCGCCAAGGACGGUCGCCGCCCGCCAGGAAGCGCCUCGCCGUCCACGGGGGAGCCGGGCGUCCCCCAUCGCGGUCCCUCUGCCCCUUCCCCUUCCCGGCUUUCAGAUCCCCUCCGGGCACCUCCUGCGGCCGUUCACCAUGAAGGCGGCGGGCGACCCGAAGCCCACCUUGACGAUCAUCAAAGCCGAGAAGGUGGAGGUGGACCUCUUCCCGUCCCCCGAUAUGGAAUGUGCAGAUGUGCCUUUGUUAACUCCAAGCAGCAAGGAAAUGAUGUCUCAGGCAUUAAAAGCCACAUUUAGUGGUUUCACAAAAGAACAGCAACGACUGGGAAUACCCAAAGAUCCUCACCAAUGGACAGAAACUCAUGUACGGGACUGGAUUAUGUGGGCCAUGAAUGAGUUCAGUCUGAAGGAUGUGGACUUCCAGAAGUUCUGCAUGAAUGGAGCUGCCCUGUGUGCUCUAGGGAAGGACUGCUUCCUUGAAUUAGCGCCAGACUUUGUAGGGGACAUUCUUUGGGAACAUCUGGAGAUGCUGCAGAAAGAAGAGAUCAAACCAUAUCCAGCAAAUGGAAUAAAUACAGUCUAUCCAGAAUCCCGCUAUACAUCUGACUAUUUCAUUAGUUAUGGCAUUGAGCAUGCCCAGUGUGUCCCUCCAUCAGAGUUUUCUGAGCCCAGCUUCAUCACAGAGUCCUACCAGACUCUCCAUCCAAUCAGCUCUGAGGAGCUCCUCUCUCUCAAAUAUGAGAAUGAGUACCCAUCAGUCAUUCUUCGUGACCCAGUGCAGAUGGACUCCUUGCAGACAGACUACUUCACAAUCAAACAGGAAGUCGUAACACCAGAUAACAUGUGCAUGGGGCGUGCCAGCCGAGGUAAACUUGGGGGCCAAGAUUCUUUUGAGAGUAUAGAGAGUUACGAUAGUUGUGACCGUCUGGCGCAGUCCUGGAGCAGCCAGUCAUCCUUCCAGAGUCUCCAGCGCGUCCCUUCCUAUGAUAGCUUUGAUUCAGAGGACUAUCCCGUUCCUCUGCCCAACCACAAGCCCAAAGGCACUUUCAAGGACUAUGUUCGAGACCGAACUGACAUGAACAAGGACAAACCUGUCAUUCCUGCUGCUGCUCUGGCUGGCUACACAGGUAGUGGACCUAUUCAACUAUGGCAAUUCUUGCUGGAGCUUCUCACAGACAAAUCCUGUCAGUCAUUCAUUAGCUGGACAGGUGAUGGCUGGGAAUUUAAACUUUCUGAUCCUGAUGAGGUGGCAAGGAGAUGGGGCAAGAGGAAGAACAAGCCAAAAAUGAACUAUGAGAAGCUGAGCCGUGGAUUGCGCUACUACUAUGACAAGAACAUAAUCCACAAGACGGCAGGGAAACGCUAUGUCUACCGCUUUGUAUGCGAUCUGCAGAGUUUGUUGGGGUAUACCCCUGAAGAGCUCCAUGCCAUGUUGGAUGUGAAGCCAGACGCUGAUGAAUGAAUGGAUCCAUUUUACCAAAACAGAACAACCUGAAGAACAUAAGGACUUUAUUUCUUUCCCUACCCCCAGUCAUUAUUUUCCGUUUUUUUAAAAAAAAGAAAAGAAAGAAAAAACAUAAUUUUUCAUUGUUUGUACUUAAGAAGGGGUAGGACUUUAAGCUUUUGGAUGAAACUGUGACAUAGGUUAGCCGGGAGGAGGAAAAAAAGAACUUUCAUAUUCAAAUGUUCUUGGAGUUGAAUUUGCAGUUGAUAUUUUAGAAGUCAGGAAAAUGGAGCUUAAAUGUCAACCAUCUUGUGACAUCUAUUUAAUGAAUUCAUAUGAUCCCCUUUCUUCCCAAUGUUAAAAACUGACAAUCUGUGUGCUUGUAAGACAGUGCUGUCUUGAAUGGAUGGAGAACAGUCUUAAGUAGCAACACAUCCUGUUUUACAGGGAAAACAUAUUGGAAUAACCAAGUACUGUGGUCCCAGAUAAUUUUGCAUUUCACAAGACAGGCCUCCGUUUUAUGUUUGUCAGGUGGGACCAAAAAAAAACUUUUUUUUUUAAAAAAAGAAAAUGUUGAAAAGAAAUGGUAUUUUAUUAAAUUUUGUGCCAGUAUUUUUUAAAAUAGUCUUAAGCUCUAAGAUGGUUUCAGUAUUGCAAUAUCAUGUGUUUCUUUGUUUUGCCAGCUGCGGAUUUUUAUCACCAUUGAAGAAAAAUGAAAUAUAGGGUCUAUGUAGACUCCACUAGAAAUGGGCAGAUUGAAUAGACCAGUAGAAAAUCAAGAUAAAAGUGUGGGCUAAGAAUGGGGAACUCUAGAUGAACGGAUGUUUUGCUUGAAUGCUGGACCUCCUGCACUUUAUUCCCUUAUGUCAGUAGAUCUGUGCCCCUGCUUAUGUAUUUUUAAUAAUGUCAUUUUCAUAAUAAGAUUUUAUUUAGAUUUUCCUCUACAUUUGAUGAGUACAGUCAUAUCUAGGAUACUUCAAAGAAGAUUCUUAUUCCAGUGACCAGGAGUCUGGCAGUAUCUUUUCAGACUAACAGAUUUUAUUCAAAGGCAUAAGCUUUUUCAUUUAACUCUCAAAAGCUUAUACCUUUGAAUAAAAUGUGUUAGUCUGGAAAGAUGCUACCCACACUGUCUGAUUUUUGGCUACCAUAAAUUAACAUGGCUCUCUUCCUACAAUUAUUCCAUUGUUGAAAAGUAGGACGAAUGAUUCUCUUGUUGGGGGGGAGGGAGGAGAAUUCAAUUGUCCAUCUGUUACUGCUCAUUAUUGAUUCUUUUCACAGAUAUCAGUUGCUAUGAAUGUUUCAUUAUGGAUAGUGCCUUGCAAUAGGACCAAAUCACUGAAUCAGUUUUCAGACUGAGUUGGAAAAUCCCAUUCGGUGUGAUUUUCUGAAUCAAACUGAAUCACUGAAUUGGAUCAGAUUAACAAUCUGAAUCAGACUGGAGCCAAUCACAUUCUCUAACAAUCUGUAGUGGAGUAUUUUAUAAGGAAGGAUACAGUAAUCUCUAGGUGUUCAGAAUCUCUUUAUAGAUAAUUUAGGCACAUUAAAAUGCAUGUGUUUUUGGACUGACUGCUGAUCAAUAUGUCUACAUUCACAAGGAUGAGAAUUAAGGUAUGGAGUAUCAAUAUACAUUAGGAUCUUUAUCUUUGAUCCAGGAUCUUUCCUGCCUUAGCGCAAGGCUAGCUAGGUGAACAUGUCUAGGUCUAUAUAAUUUGGUAGAUAUCUUUAAUUUGUUUUCAUUGAAUGGGUUUAAAAUAAAUCAGGGCCACCAAGCGUGAUCCCAAGUUAUAUACACUCUUUUACUUCAUGCUAUGUUGGCCAAAAAUAAACAGGCUUGGUGUUAGGUGUGGUUUGAGGUCAGUUCUGACUCUACAGUUCAAUCAUCCUUAUUUGGAGAAAAGGAAAGAAAGACUGUAUGAGAACCCAGAGCUGAUCUUUAGACCCUUAAAUACCUGGGUUCUAAAUAUCUACUAUCUCAAAAAAGGCAGUCAUAUUUGGAAAUGCAUCUUUGAAAAAGACAGAUGCUAUAACAACAUUUUUCCUGCUAGUUUUUGUUGUUCAUUUGUUUUUAAUAACAUUCAAGAAGAGGGAUGGGUUGAAGUUCAAUUGAUUAAUUUCUUUUUCCUUCCUCACUGUGUAUGUGAAUAUUUUUAAUGGGGGGGGGGGAAUAGAAUACUUAGAUAUUCUAUGGAUUUGUAUACCCUCUCUCUGCCCUAUCUCAAAUCGUCUGCUGAUUUAAAAAUAUCACGCUAUGCCUUAGAGUUGACUCAUUUCUAAAGCAACUUUACAAAGCUUUACAAAAAUUGAAGUAAAGGGAAAAGGGUCUUAUUUAUCCAGAGGUCUGAAUCCUAAGCUCGCACUCCCCUGAGUACAGCCAUGCCUCCAUCCAUACAUGUGCCUGUGCAAGACAGGUGGCUAUGCAUUUGUCAGCCUCAUGCUUCACAAUGUUUAGUUCAAUGUUUAAUCAUUUGUGUUCUACACCUAUGGAAUAUAAUGCAUGAAAUAUUCUGCAAAGACCAAAAGUGGAGAGCCAGUAUCUGCAACCAGAGAACAGUAAUAUGAUCUCUAUUCCCCCUGCCCAAAAACAUAAACUGUAACAGAAAUGAAUCAUUUCAGUCAUGCAAAAUUGAAAGUGGGAGAACUGAGUUGCUUGAAAUGUCAGCAGAAUUUGAAAUAGAGCAGGUCUGAGACCAUGCCUAUAAUCUGUAGGGCAAGGGCAGAAGAAAUAGGCACAAAUAAUGUUAUCACCAUAAUUAGCAAAAACAAACAAACUCGCUAUAUUUUAGGAAGACCUGUUCCUCUAAUUUAAUUGUCUCCAAUAUGUCUUUUUCAAAGGCAUUGCUAUCCGAUAUGACACAAAGGUGGUCUCUUUUGAGUUUAAUUUGAGUCCUAGUGAUUUUAUGAACACAUUCAUGUAGUUUUCUUGGCAACAAUAGGGAGGUGGUUUGCUUUUGCAUUUUUCCAGGAUAUGUGUAUUUGUGUGGGUGUUUUCAACUUCUCAGACUAGCCUACAGUUCUGGCUGUUCCUGAGACGUCCCAUCGAAGUACUGGAUGGGUCUGACUCUAUUUAACUUUUUCAUGAUGAAUCAAGAGCCGCUAGAUACCUUUCAGAUAAAGCUUUUGUAGCAGUGAGGCACAACCUGGGUCCCCAGCAUCACAUCUUGUCCCCCAAACCUUAAACGUGGCCCUUAGAGCACCUCCAAAGUUGCAACAAAAUUUAUUUAUUUUUAAUGUGAGAGAAGAGGGUCAAACAAAAAAGCCAUUGUCUUAAAAGUAUUUAAUUUUUAAUUAAAAUUCCACAUGAAAUCAAUUUUAGUUUUUCCACUGAUCCCAUCUGUUUCUUGAUGCUGGUACUAUCUCCUGCUUGGAAUGGGCUCCUGGCACACCACUCAAAGGACAAGUGUGUCCUUUCGCCUGAAAAGGGCCGUGCAUCUCUGUCUUAGGUCAAAACCGAGCUAUAGAAUGGGGUGUGAAACUUGCGGUCCAGCUACACUUCCAGAAUCCCUCCCAGGUUACUUAGGAAUUGUGGGAGUUGUAAUUCACCCCCAUUUGGAGGGCCACAGAUUUUCUGUCCCUAUCACAGAUAUUGCUUUUUGGUAGAGCUGGGAAUGUGGUUUGCUGCAAGCAAGGUUCAUGCAAAAUAUCCUUUCAGAACUGUUUCCCAAAGCAGUGUAUUCCACCUUUGCGUAGAAGUGAAGUGAAACAGACCUGUUGCUGCUUUUGGCAAAUGCUUUGAGUCCUAGCAAUAGUUCUAGCAGCUGGAAGAGGCUUCUGGGCAUAUGUCACAGAGGUGCAGAAGCCUCUUCUGGUUAGAAGAACUGCUGGCCAAAAGGUUCAAACACAAAAUGUUUCAAGAAGGGUUACCUCCAAGCUUCGAGAAAGAGAAUUGUGUGGCCUCCAUGGCACAAAGAACCUUGCUCAGACAAAGCACAGCUGCCCUACACAGGCCUACUUUCUGAUAUGACUUUAUAUUAACCAGGUAGUCUUAAAGUGAGGCUGUUUGAAGCCAUGAAUGUACAAUAAAGGCUUUUGCGGUUUCCUGAAUGACCAUAACUCAUCAAAAUUCCUGAAUGUAUUUUUCACUUAGACUCAGAGGCUACUACUAGAGAAGAUGUGAAGUGGAAUUAGGAGAUGAGCAGUGACAGACUUACUUGCUCUUCUUAAUAUCCUUUUGCCAGACUUGGAUCACUUUUACAGCAUGUUAUGGUCUAUGUUGGCUGCUGCCUCUAACUGCAUAAUAUAGAAUUGCUGAAGGUGUUGAGGAUGCUGUUUGAUAUCAGUAGCUCCAUUCACAAGUGCAAUUCUCAAAGCUGGGUAAAAAAAGCCUCUGACAAUUCAACCAUUCUCAGUUUUCUGGUACUGAUUAACCCCAAGUACCUAAUGUCUGUCUAUGUGGAUAGCCAGGUUGUGAACAGUGGAUAGUGUCCAUAAAUUUAGGGCUGGCUGAAAAUCUUAGUAUGGCUUAGGGGAAGAUAAUCUUGGUAUUUCUUGGGAAGUUGUGGAAAGGAGAUUUUGAGCCAGGAACACUGAUAGCAGUAAUUCUUGCAAUGAAAGAAAUGAAAUCAGGACCAAAGGCUCAGUUAGAUUGGAUUCCAGCAGAGUGAAAUGAGGAUAUGAGUAGAAAAUGAGAAAGAAGGGUUAGUGGACGUGGGAAAGGAUGGUAUUCCUAAAACCUCAAAUCUGUUAUUUCCUCGUAAGCAUCUGUGGUAUUUGGGGGAGUUAGCCCUAAACAAAGUGAUAAAGACUAGAAUCUGAGAUACUAGUCUGUAUGUAUAGAAUACAACAUGUAUUGUAAGUGAAGUCACUAUAUCUCAGAGUUAUGACUGUCUGUCAGCCAGAUCCAAUUGUUUAAGGAUAAUUCCAUAGUUUAGGUUUUUUAAAAAGAAGUUUAAGACAGCAAAUUCAUAAGAUAAGCUAUGCAAUUGACUGAAAUAUGCCUAAAAGUGCAUGUAACCAGAGCAACUUCUCCAGCCCCAUAUAUCCAGAUGUACUAAAUUUUACAUUUCAGAAUUCCAUCCAUUGGCCAUGUUAGUUGCAGUUCCGGUAAUUGCAGUCCCACCAUACAUGGACAGUUAUUUUAGAAGAUGUAACAACUAGCACUGAAUUGUUGAGUUUAUUUCAGAGUUUUUGAAUACAUCAUGUCAAAAAACUGGUUACUAGCAAUAAACAUCUUGAAGCAAUAUUAGUGGCAGCAAAAUAUACAAUGGUCAAGGCUUUUUCUGGGGAUAUGUUCCCAUCUUAUGAUUUUUUUUUUCAGUCAGGUGUUUAUAAGAAAAAGAAAAGGGCCAUAGUGAUACUUCUUAGUAUUCCUACAGUAUAAUCCUUUGCUUGUUGAUUCAGGAAUAAGCCCUGCCAAGUUCAAAGGAAAUCUGGCCAGGGAAAAUGUAUGUAACAUUGAGGUUUUAGGAUAUUAAUUCAGAGCAGCCUUCCCCAACUUGUGUCUUCCAGAUGUAUAGAAAUCUGUAGGAGUUCAACACAUUUGAUGAGCAUGAACUGGGGAAGGCUGAUUUAGAGCAGCUGAAGAUAAGACUAUUUUUAUACUGUUGGGUUUAUACCUUUUUGGGUUAAGCAUCCAGCAAACACUUCUGAUUUUGACAUGAAGCAGAGCAUCUCCAUUCAAGUAUGUUUGUGAAAGUAUUUAUGGUUUAGAACUGGUUGAUUUUUAACCUUCUGAUAGCUCUGCUUUAAAUUCUACCAAAUUCUACACAUUAAAGGAAAAAAAAAAACAGACUUUUGCUCUUUUACUCAGUCAUUUGCCUGGUAACUGCAACAGAGAGGAUAACAGAAAAGUUAGUGGCUGUUCAUUGGGACUGAGUCAUUAUUCAUAAGUAGAAGACACACAAUAUUCCAGAAACCUGGGUAUCUCCAGUUAAAACGUCUCAAGCAGCAGAGUUGAAAAUGACUUCUGUCCACUGAGGUCCUGCAUGGGUCAGUCUUUUGUCCAUUAGAAGCAGUAGGGAUCUAGGUGGUCAGUGGUGUGAUUUAGGUUUGGGUAGCUUCAUAUGCUUCCACUCGAACAUAAGAAUGAGCUCCAAGCCACUUUGGAUUGUGUAGAUCACAAACUACUACACUUUGUUACCUUAUUUGCAAAGCUGGUUUUGCCGUUGGAUUCUGUGCUUUAUGGUUUGGAGCUGCUGAUUCUUCAAGCAUCCAUUUUUAAUGGCCUUUUCUCAACUCAUGGUUCAUGUUGCUUGGUCUACUUGAUGUUGUUUGGAAGAACCUUUGCACCUACAGCAGAAAGCUGGAGAUCUUCCCAACAUUAUGAAUCUGAUUCAAUCUGUCCAAUGUUCACAACAGAUAUAUUCUCAGGGAUCUUGAAAGGGCAAUUGAGUGCCAACCAUGCUGCACGACAGCUCUGGUGACAUUCUUCCCUUAUCAGUGUUUGUACCUAACUUUCUGCCAACCUACCUUUCAAUGCAGUGACAGACAGUAUCAUCUUUGAAAGUGUGAGUUCUACUUGCAGUAGCAGAGAGAGUUCACUGAGCUCUGAGGAAGGAAGGAAGGAAGGAAGGAAGGAAGGAAGGAAGGAAGGAAGGAAGGAAGGAAGGAAGGAAGGAAGGAAGGAAGGAAGGAAGGAAGGAAGGAAAGAUAAUAGCUAUUGACAACUGAAAGCUGUGUCAAAAAGGGUUGAGGCCUCAUUCACACAUUACAUGUUUGGUUUACAUUAAAAACAACAACAAUGGUGUUUGCCUAACCACAGAAUGUGUGAAACAGUUGUACAAAAUAGCCAAUUCAAUGUAGGUUAAUGUUACUGCAGAACUGCCAGUUGAUUUCUUCAGUUAUGUUUCUGAUGGGGUCUCUAUAGAUGGAAUGAACGAUUGUCUCCAUUCCAAAGAUGUUUGAAAUAAAUGAUGCUUGAUGUAUGCAUAUCUAUUAUGACAGAAAUAUCUCCAAGAAUUAACUGCCUCAGUGAACUUUUUUUAAAAAAAAAAAUAUUGUGUUCCUUUUUUUGUCUUUGUUUUAUAUCUGUUUUUUUUAAGCUGAUAAGUUUAGGAGGAGAAGAAAAGAUUGUUAUAUUAUGCUCUUCAACUAUUUUCCAACUUGUAUUUUCAUAUAAUUUAUAUUUUAUAGAAGUGGAAAAAAAUGCCUUAAAAGCAAAAUGUUUUUGUUUUUGUUUUUAAAAAAAAGGAGAAAAAGCAGGUGCUUUUUAGGAGAAAAAAAAGAAAAGAAAACCAAACUCAACUGAGGUAGCUUAGAGAUGUAGCGUUACCUGUGUUUUUUAAGAAAUUCAAAAUCACAGUCUCUCCCACACUGAAGACUUAAUAGGGAGUGGAAGUGAUUUUGUUUUAAUAGCUGAUGCUGGCACAUCAUUCUUCUGGAGAGUUUUUAUAUACUGUAGCCUUAUUUCUGAUUGUAUUCAAAAUUAAAAUAUUACAAAGACAA